AUGAACAGAGAACAACGUCGUGCGGCAGUCCUUUUUUGGUUCCUAAGCUCGGUGGCCUCGCUGGAAAUUGACACGUCGGACGGAGGGUACACAAACGUGCUGGUUUCAAUCAGCAAAGCUGUUCCUUACGACGAGUCCAUCAUUGAGGACGUAAAGGUCACCAUUGAGAUACCUAAAGAAUGGCCCACGAGAGAAAAUGCCCGCAACGUAUCGUCGAGCUCCUUCGAGCAGAGCGACAUCCGGAUCGACCUGCCAAGCGAGCCGUACGGGGACAGGCCAUUCACGCAGCAGCUGAAGCCCUGUGGCCAGCCGGGAGACUUCGUUCAACUGACGCCGCGGUUCCUCGCCCAACUUAGAAAUUCGACCGUCAACCACUCAUUGAACAUGGCGUACAUGUUCGUGCACCAGUGGGCCCAUUUCCGGUACGGCGUGUUUGACGAGUACGGCUGCCAUGAUGACAAUCAGUACCCGCUGACGUACUGCCACAGUGGCAAGCAUCUCAACACUUCCGGCGAGACAACAGAGGGCGCAGUCAUCGUCCUGUUAAGCGAUGGCGAAGGCAACAGAGGUCCGGACAUCGAGUCCGUAAUGCCGGGGCUCCUCGAAGCAAAGGUCGUCGUGAGCACUCUGGCAGUGGGCGGCACGGCUGCGGAGAAACUAGAAAAGCUCGCCUCCGAGACUCGGGGAAAAGCGUACGCCUUUCAAGACAAGCAGGGAAACAUAGCGCUGGACAUGGAGGCUGCUUUCGUCGAGGUGACCGCGCCUUCGCUUGAACAGGCCUCACGAGAGCAGACGCUGGUGAACACAGUGGAAUCCCUGGACAGGUUGCUGGAGCGGCCAUUCCAAGUGGACAAUGACGUUGGUAAAGAAACAGUAGUCUACGUCACGGUUAACGACCGUCGCAAGGCACAGAUACAGGCGCGGCUCGUCGACCCAAGCGGGCAGCAAUGCCAAGCCUGCCACGCGAAUUCCACCGCGGAAGACAUCGCUAUAUUCGUACCAAGCCCAGCAGAGGUUGGGACUUGGAUCCUUCACCUAUCGAGCUCUGGCAAAGUGGAGGUCAACAUUCAGGUAAAAUCUAAAGCCAGAAAAGAAGGCGUAGAGCCGAUUCAAGUCUCCUGUACCAUGGCCAACAUGUUGGUAGACCGACCAGAUGCAGCGGUCGUAUAUGCCAAGAUAAGCAGAGGGAAGAAGGUUGCCUUGGGCGCCUCUGUAUUCGCCGAUGUGCAAGGGCCGAAACCGCCGCACCAGUCAACGCUUCUGCUUCACGACGACGGAAGAGAACCCGACAACCACGCUGGCGAUGGCACAUACAGCGGCUACUUCACGAAGUUCGAUGGGAAGGGAAGGUACACCGUGACUGCCCGUGUUCUGCACCAGAAUGGGACUCGGCUGGCGUACCCAAUGGACAGCUCUGCGUGCGGGUUCGGCAUGGCCAUGCACACUACGAGUGAUCAGAGCACAGGAGCAAGCCUUGACUUUGCGUCUGAGCAUCCAAUAGGCGACUUCAAACUCAUCAACACAACAGCCAUAGCCACCACCGACAAUGCUACCAGCAUUGAAAAUGUCGACCCUUUCGAGAGAGUUGCUUCAGGAGGGUCCUUCCAAGUGACAGAGCCCAUUUUCCAAAGUCACGUGCUUCCUGGGACCAUCCGGGACCUUGCCGCGGCUGACGUACGUCCAGGAGAGAACGGCACUCUGCUGGUGGAGCUAACAUUUACCUGGCCUGGGUCUCAUUUGACGUCCGGGAAAGCAUCAUCAGUGGAGAUAAGAGCCAGUAAGGAUUACGCCAAGCUGAAAUCGGACUUCGGGAGUCAAACGAAAAUCGCGGAAUUCAACGCGACAGAUCCAAGCCUCGAGCACGUCGUCGUUGUGUCUCUGCCCAGCUUCUUGGCCACGCCUCAGCAGGAUGGUGCAUCCAGGUGGAAUGCUUACGUUGCCGUUCGCGCAACCAACAAAGACGGCCUCAAGUCAAACACGUCCAACGUCGUGCCGCUGGACUACACAACUGUCCUACUUAGCACUACUGUGGCUUCGACCACAGUCACUACUAGUGAGGCUACUAGCACUACAGCUGCAACGGAAACGACUACCACGAACGCAGCAACUACGACCGCUGAGAUCACCACGACGACAGAACGUGCUACAACUACCUUUCUCACUACAAUCCCUCGUCCGUCAACUACGGAAGCAACGCCAAGUCGCGACACCGUAGGUAUGUCAACUACAGCACCUAGUACGAAACGCCCUGUUACUUCGCCUCUUCCGACCACUACAUUAUAUCCAACGACAAUUUCAACGACUGCAAAAGAAAGAAGUAUCGAAGAAACAACCACUACCGAAGCUUCAACUGUCUUUCAUUUCCCUUCCAAUGUAAAUGCGCACCACAGCGCCAGGGUGGGUGCUCCUAGCUUAACCAUUUUUUUGACACUGUCAAAAUGGGUACCGAUCGGCGGAGCCAUGUCGGCUGCCGUAGUUGCCAUCUUAUAUGCUCUAAGAAUCAAUAUAAAACGAAAAAAUCAGCGAAACUAGCGCCGCUCUUUUCGCAGAGCACGCAAAGCUCAAAAAGCAUCCGCAUGACUAAGGUAAAAGAAAGUAACAAGGAAGGGCGAAGCGAUUUCUUCACCACAUGUUGCUUUAACCAACAUUUACUGAAUCCGAGCCCUCAUAACAUUUUUUGAAAAUAAA